CUCUCUCUCUCUCUCUCUCUCUCUCUCUCGCUGAAGAAGCUCUGUAUCGGAAGAAUCCUCCUCCUUAAUUCACCCGUCUCGAUCGUCUCUAAUCCCCAUCCACAACAGCCGGAAUGGAGAUGGAGAUUUUCAUUAAUGAACUCCUCGACGAUGAUACUUAUCCAGCAUCGCCGCCACAAUACUCGACUUCUUCCGCCAUUGAAAACAUUGUCAUCUCCAACCCUAACUCUUCAUCCGAUCAGUCAGAUCCUCCCAUCUCUUUUGGCUAUAACUAUGGCAGCGACAUUGCUGGCUUUUCAGACGCAUCCUCUUCCGGUUCGAACUCUAACCCCUUUGGCCCUUCCCAGGCGGAGGCCGAACUCUGUUCACCGGAAAUGGAUUCCCUUCCUCGUAAUGCGUCGGCGAAGGACAUGUAUGCUAUCAGGCUUCUACAGACACUCCAAGCUCUACAGAUUCAAGAGGGGAAUGCUGGAGUUCGCUCUGCUGCUACUGGAGCAGACUUUGUUUAUCCACACUCCUUGUUAACAGUGCGGAAAUCUCUUAUCCCUCACUCUGCGGCUUUCGAUAAAAGCAGGGGAUCUUCUUCCUGGGUAGAUUGCCGCUUGCAGUGUUCUUCCCCAAUGAGCUGUCAAUCUCAGUAUCCUACAUCUAAUUAUUCCAAUGCUUUAAAUCCCAAUAAGGCGUUGAAUGAAACUGAAAGCCGAAAUGGAUUUCCGCUCAAUCCGAAUACCCUAAACUUGCUCAACUCACAGGAUUCCUCUGUCAUAACUCCAAGAAACACUGAAGAUUAUGGGUGUGAGGGUAGUUUUAUCAUACAGGGGAAUGACAUUUCUAAUGCUGGGAGUAAUGCGCUUGGCUUUAGUGCAGCGAAGUGCUCGCCUCAGAUUAAUGCUCAUAUGGAUGCAAUGGUUCGUCUCAGUCCUGCUGCUACUAAUCCUGAUGUAAAAAGGUCUAUCUAUCAUCUUGCCAAAGACCAGAAUGGCUGUCGUCUUCUUUAUCAAAAGAUUAAUGAAGGAAAUGCUUAUGAAAUCGCCACAAUUUUUAAUGGGAUCAUCGGUCAUGUGAUCGGAUUAAUGGAGAACCCUUUUGGGAACUAUCUCAUUCAGAAGAUAAUCAGCAUCUGCACUGAUCAACAGAGGAUAAGGAUUGUUCAAAUACUUACAGAAGACCCCUAUGUGUUUAUUAGGGUCGCUAUAAACACUCAUGGGACAAGGGCGGUGCAGAAACUUAUAGCUACCAUUAAAACCAGAUAUGAAGCCAAUUUGCUUAUUAAAGCUCUCAUUCCUACUUUUGUCAAACUUAUCAAGGAUGUAAAUGGAAGCCAUGUGAUUCAAAGUUGCCUUACUUCUCUCACAGGAGAGUAUAACAAGUUCAUUUUUGACACUGCUGCUAGGAAUUGUGUUGAUAUCGCUAGGCAUCGAUAUGGCUGUAGAGUGUUACAUGCAUGUAUAACUCAUUCUAGUGGGGAUCAACAAACAAAGCUGAUAGCAGAAAUUUCUGCAAAUGGUCUUGAUCUCGCCAAAGAUGCCUUUGGGAAUUAUACUGUGCAAUUUAUACUCGAUCUCCACAAUCCGACGGCAAAUGCAAAUUUGAUAUUGCAAUUUAAAGGAAAUUAUGUAGAUUUGUCAAAGCAAAAGUUUAGUAGCAAUGUUGUUGAGAAGUGUAUCGAAGUCUUUGAAGAUGAUGAUCGAACUAAGCUUAUAUUAGAGUUACUCUACUCAUCAGAAUUCAGGCAAUUACUGGAAGAUCCUUACGCUAAUUACGUCAUUCAAAGUGCUCUUACAGUUACCAAGGAUUGUGUUCUUCAUUCUUUAAUUGUUCAAGCAAUACGUCCUCAUGCUGAACAGCUAAAAUCUUGCCCAUAUUUCAAGCAGAUUAAUAAAAUGAUCUCAGGAAUUUGAGGUGCAAUUUUCCUUUUUGCUUUUUGUUUUUUGUUGGUAGUGAUUAUGUUUUCUGAGAUAUGUUGUUGUCAGGUUAGUAUUUUAUAGGGGUUUUUAUGCAAUUUUGUUGGGUGUAAGAUGUGGAUACAGUGUUUUGUUAUUGUGUAGCUGUGCCUUUUUUUUUUCCCUUAAAUGCCGUAGGUGUCUUGUCUAGCUUUGGCUAAAUUUAACUUUUUCGUAAAAUGCUUUUGAUGAUUU